AUGGGUUCUACAAAUCCCUUUGCAGUUGUUCAUGGUAGGUGGUCAGCAUGGCGGCCAUGGAGCACAUGCUCUCGAAGCUGUGGCAGAGGAACACAAAUCAGGACCAGAACAUGCACCAACCCCGCUCCAAGAAAUGGUGGCAAUAACUGCCGAGGAUCAAGCACUCAAAGAAGGAGAUGCAACUCAAAGAGAUGCCCCGGUAUACUAAUUUUAACUGAGCGGCUUUUUUGUGACAACAGAAUACGUAAUUAAAGACAUCUAAAUUUAAAGAAAAAUCUGCAACUCGAAUGGACCUGACAGUUUGUAGUUUCUGAAUGUGCAGUUUCCUUGUGACCAUAAAAUUCCGAAGUAAUUCCGAAUAACGCGGAUUUUUUUUGGAAGCAUUAUGAUCACGAAAAUGAAAAUAAUCUAUCAAAAACGUGACGAUACAAUUGAUUAGCCGGACUAUUACAUCAUGAGACAAACGGUUAUUAAAUAAAACCACGAUUAACGACAAUAUUUUCUAUAUAACUAUAUAAAUCAACGCGUAAGUGGUAAUAACAAGAAGGAACAUGGCAGCAUUUUUCUUAAUUGUUGUUUGUAUCUUUGUUGCUGUUUAACUUUAGUUAAUGGAGGCUGGUCACGCUGGCGACGGUGGAGCUCCUGCUCCAGAAGUUGUGGGGGUGGAUCACAGCGACGAGUUAGGACAUGUACCAACCCCCCUCCAAGAAAUGGAGGGUCCACAUGUCCAGGAAGGAACCUUUUAGUCCGUUCAUGCAAUACCAAGCGCUGUCCAGGUAACACUUUGGAGAAUGUUCUUGAUGUAUUGAAGUGAUAGUUAUCAGUGAAUUAGAAAUGUAAUCCUCAUGUCCUUCUCAGUGUAGACAAAGACAGUUGAGGAAAUCCUCUUUCUUCAGUUUCACUAUUUUCAAUUCUUGACAGCUAUCUUCAGGAUGUCAAUGUUACUUAAGAAAGCAACUUAAGAUAUUAGAGCGAGAAUGUUUGUGCCUCUGAAGAAAAGUUGUAUCAUCUUAACUGAAAGGAAGUUUUUUAGCUUUCUCAAAUCAAAGUAAUGUUUGUUUUUUUAGCUGUCUAGAGAUCUGAUAAUUAUGUUUCCAUGGUUUCCUCACAGGUUGUGUGGAAAGGAGCAUAGUAACCGAUAGAUGUGGCCAGCGGUGUAGGUGUUCACGUGGUCGCUUUGUCCAGUGCACUCGUGUGAGACGGGAAUUUACAGCCAUGUCAAGAGCUGACCGUGAAAAAUACGUCAGAACUGUCCGCACUUUGUCAACAGACCCCAGAUACAAACCAGAAUAUGACAGAGUAAUAACCCAACAUAGAACAAUAUUCAAUGAUGGGAUUCACCAGCGAGAUUUUUUCUUACCAUGGCAUAGAUGGUACAUACUGCAAUAUGAGAACCUUCUUCGACGCGUAGACUGUACAGUGACAGUACCUUACUGGGACUGGAGCCAGGUAUCACGUUCUCCAUGGCGCGGUAGAGCGUCUGAUUUGUGGUUCUCAGGAAAUAGUGGUUUUGGUGGGAAUGGAGAACAAACACCUCAACAGUGUGUGACAAGUGGUCCGUUUAGGCGAGGAGUUUGGAAUGUUGUGCCAUCAGCCGGGGGUGGCUGUCUCCGUCGCCAGUUUAAUCUAACUGACAAUACCCCUGAUUCCGCUGCAGUCGCAGAGGUGUUAAGGAUUCCUCAUUCGGAAUUUGAUUCCUUCGAGAUUGCGCUGCGAAUAAAUCUUCAUGACACUGUACACUGCUUAAUUGGAGGCACCAUGUGUUCAUUCGACUCGGCUGCUGCCCCUGAAUUUAUGCUGCACCAUAGUUUUAUAGAUAAGAUAUGGGCAGACUGGCAAAGAAGGAGUAUAAAUCACAUGAAUGCUCAUUUUCCCUCCGUCACUACACCCAUGCCCGGCACAAACCAGCUCCGUACAACAGCAGUUUUGAAUAACUUAAGAUUACCGGGAGGGGUACGAGUGCAGUUCCAGAAUCCACUGAGACCGCGGAUAAGAAACCGUUUUGGAGGUAAUUAGCCGGUUGUUUCAUCAUUAUCACUGUCAUCACCGUAUUUGUUUUCAUCAUCAUAGUUAUCAGUGUUAUUGUGUUUUGUUAUUGUUAUCAUAAUAAACAAUUAUUCACCAAAGUGGAGGUGAAUAAUGGUGGAUAUUUAUCAGGUCGCGAAAGUGCAAGAAAAAUAUCAACCACUUUAACCGACACUGAAGGUAAAUAAUACAGAUACAGAUACACUUGCCGAAAAAAUAGUUUAUUUCUCUCAAUACAACGAAAAAUGGUCGAAAAUUUAACUCUAGAAGCGCGGUUUUGUUUCUUUGGCUGCUCGGAGGUGAAUAGUCCUUGCUAUUCACUUCCGAUCUAGCCAAUAAGUUUGCACGAAAAUAACUAUUCAAUUGUGUGGUCUAUACAAUUUUUAAUUAUUAUCAUAUUAUUAUUACUAUUAUCAUCAUCAUUAUCAUAGUGAUCAUCAUCAUUAUUUCUGUCAUCAUCAUCCACAGACUGUGACAAAUAGAGGAAAAACAAAAAUAGGGGAAAAUUAAAUUCUUCCAAAAAGUCCUCCCAGGUUUUUUUUGAUAACAAGGAUAAAGUUAACGCUAUAAUUUGAUUCUCGACGAGAUAGAAAUAUAUUAUUUGUAUUGCUCUGCAAGAUUUUGUGAAAAAAUAGUUGUCUUAGAUAGAUAUCGAAACGAUUUCAGAGGAUGACAUCUCGUAUAGAAAGGCCUUUCUACAAGUUGAUUUAUCAUUAUGUGUUCCAGGAUUUUCGAUCAGACCUCUGCCUCCUUACAAAUCAUUUUAACAAGCCGUCUGGUAUUCACCCUCGGUAGAUGCUUUCAUGAGCGCGCGGGUAUAGGACAAGCAGGACACAACAGUUAUCGAUCGAUUGAUAUUAAUUGAACAUUUUCUAAUGUAUGUCUUCUUACUAAACCCUUUCAGCCUUGACUACAAAUUCGCUUGGCCAAGCUUCACGAGGGAAGUUUUCUGUCCUUAGUGAAAAAGCUAUGAUGCUUUUCAACGUCUCCAAAACAGAGGAGGAGAAGGCAAGACGACUAGGAAUUUGGUUGCUGCCUACACACCAACGAGCUGGAAAG